UCAAGUUUUGUACUUCACAACAGUUUGAUAUGGUUUGACUUUUGGAUAUAUGUUGGAGUCGUCUUCCUCUUCCUUUUCACGGCAACUGGAAGAAUUUGAUGGCGGUAUGCAAGCAUAGAGAGCAUUCAGAGAAGGACGUCUACAAAGAAUUAAAAGGAUUUCAAAAAGAUGAGGUUUAAAGCGAAGCUUGUGGAUAUAUCGUCCAUUCAUAAAUUUACAAGUGUAGUUUCAACUGUCUCUCAUAUGGCAAAGAUGUGUGCCUUGAGGUUGUCUCCAAGCACACUUUAUUUUAUCAUGAAUGACACAGCUGCAGAAGGUGGUGCUACAGUUUGGUGUGAAGUGAAUCAGAGCUCUUUGUUUGAGGAGUUUCGGAUUGAAGGAAUCGAAGGAAGUAAUGACAACAUAUAUUUGGAACUUUGUCCAGAAAAUCUUGUGAAAGCAAUGAGAUCUGCUGCAAAUGCACAAAUGGUGAAAAUUAAAUUGACAAACAAAGUCACUCCAUGUUUAACAUUUGAAAUCUCAUUGCCAUCAAUGGUCCGUUCACGAAAAUUGAUACAUGACACUCCAGUUACAGUUAUUAGACAAGCUGAAUGGGAUGAUUAUCAAGAACCACAACUUCAGCAAUAUGAUAUAAGCAUCUGUAUGCCGUCACUCAAGACAGUAAAGAAUAUUGUGGAUAAAAUGAAGCAAUUCAACAGUCAAAUUGUGAUUUCAGCAAACUCAAGAGGAUGUAUGACUUUGAAAGUUGCCACCGAUUUAGUGACAACGACAACAUACUUUAAGGGACUAGAAGUUGAAGAUUUGGAAGGAAACCAUUCGAAUGCAAGCAACUGCAGUAACACACCGAGAACGACGGAAGCAACGUUGGACAUCAAAAAGUUUUUGGCUUUUUUUCACGGUCAGAAUAUCAACCCAACUAAAGUAAUAUGUAACAUAUCUGAUCAAAGAACGGUUCACUUUCAUCUCACUCAGGAUGAUUUUUCCCUUGAAUAUUUAAUUCCUGCUAUUGUUACUGGAGAAAUUUAAUAUUCAAGAAGACAAGUCAAUAGAAGAUGCAUGGCGCGAACCGAAAAGAAAGGAAAUUUCUAAAAUGAAAAAAGAGAGAGAUUUGUGAUGAACUGUCAGACUUGUUGAAUUGAGAUAAAUGCUGAAAAAGUGAGAUCUUCAUCUGGCUUACUUGUUGAAGCAGAUAAAAUUAUUAAAAGGGACGAAUACACAGUUUAAAGAUUGCUUUGAAGUUUGAACAGCGUAUUUGUAAUGGUGAAGGACAACUGAUUAGCUAGUCAUUAAAAGAAAUGCUUUCAAAGCUUAUUACCACAACCAAGUUUUUGUUUUGUAACGAAUGCAUUUUUGAUAAGAACCUUCAAAGCUAUUUUAAAUAAAAGAAAAUGUUUCUUUGAAAAAAGCAUUAAAGGGAAAAAAUCGCAA